GUCCAUGUUGCACGUCGGCGUCGGACCAAAAUACGAGUGUCAACAACCGGCUACGGCCAAACUGUUUUUAGACGCGUUUUGAGUUUUAUUUAAACCAUGCACGCACAUUUUCUUUGAUUUUAUCCAAUUGUUCCUCCGUUUGACACUUUUAUCGCAUUUUUAGGUAAGACGGCAACUACGUUUUUAUGCUAAAAGACGGCGGACAAAUAGCUAGUUUUAAGCUAAUGCUACUUUUGUUUUAAACUCAGAAAACAGGAGCUGCCGCCGCGGUCUGCAGGCUGGUGAUUAUGCGGCGGCUAUAAAAGGCGGCUGAUCCAGAACUGAGCGCAAACUUUGGAUUCCUUUCUGCAUCUGUCCUCUGAAGCCCCGCCCCCUCCGUAGUGAUGGACUCCUCCGAGGAUGUCCUCCUCCAUCGGCCCUGGAUCCCCGUCCGUAUCGGCGGGUGCCAGCUUCUGGCCAAAAGCUGGUUCGGCGAGGCGUCCUACCGCGUCCUGCUGACGGACACGCGCUGCGCGUGGGAGGAGACGAUGGACGCGGCGGCCAUCCAGAGCCGAGCGCAGGAGCUGAACCGGCGUCUGCGAGCGUCGGUCGCGGCCUUCUUCUCCCACCUGUGCGAGGUGGCGCAGCCCUGCCUGUUGGGGGGCGACAGCGAAGCUGAGGGAGGGGCGACGAUCUCGGUGACCCGACUGGAGGCGGGCGGCCUCGUCAUGAGGCUGAAGAGCGAGCUGGCGGGGCUUCCCUUCCACUGGGAGUUCCACUGCAGUCCAGCUCCUGUCUCUUUGGUGUGUGCCCAGCUGGUGCGCCCCCUGCUGGCCAUGAGCUGCCUCUUGCAGUGGCAGGUGGAGCAGCUGGGAGGUCUGCUGGUGAGGAAGGACGCAGAGAUCCAGGACUAUAAGGAGAACGGAGCCACACUCAGCAGAGAGCGCCUGCAGACGGACGUUUUCCAGGAGGAAACCUACAGAGAGAACUACCUGACAAAGGCUCUUCCACUGCUUUGGUCGGAAUCUUCAAAUGACCUGGGCUUCAACGCCGACCUGCAGCAGCUUUACGCCACAGUCGUCACUCACCGUAACACACAAAAACGCAAACUGUCCGAGGAGGAUUGUUCUGCUGCUGAAGAACCAGACCUGACCUCAUCACCGCCAGCCGUUGAAUCUUUAGAGACUGAACCUGCAAAGAAGGAAGUUCAGACCCAAGAGAAAAUUUUAAAAGAGAAGACAACAGACAGACCUCCAACACAGCAGGAGUCCAACACAGCGGACCGCCAGCCGUCCAAACCGAAGAAGAAGAAGGUGGGACUGUUCAGAUGAGCCUCAUUUUACAGCAUCUGAAAGUUGCUUUUAAAACACCUUUACUUUUGACUUUUAUUCUGAAGGAACUUUUUAGUCCUUUAAAACCAGACUUUUAUCUUUUUGAAGUACUUGGAGUAACUAAAACUCUUCGACUGUUGUUGCAAUUAUCGUAAUUCUAAUGGACGCUAAAAGUUGGGAAAAGCAGAUAUCAAACACUUUAAAUUAGUGAAGGAUUUUGUCAACGUUCAGAAUCUGUAGGAAUUUUGUUAAUUAUGGAUAAAGCUAAGAAGUUGCGGUAAUUCAUAGAACUUGUGCAUGUGUGUGGAUAUGUUUGUUUUUUCUUAUUUUAGAGCGACUUCUAAUCGAGCCGUUUUACUGUUUUUAAUAACAUAACUUCAGGUUUAUUCCCACCUUUCCGUCACAAACCACUUUACGGAUAUAUAAUAAUAAAUUGAUAUAUAAGCUUUUAAUGCCUUAUCCAAUUAAACCUUUGUGUCUUUUUAAACUGAAACGUGUUUAAAUUAAAGGAUUCUGUCAUUUUA